CCGCCUUUCCUCAGCGCUCUCCUCUCUGAUUGGCUGCUGAGCGCUCCUUCCUCCUUUUCUCCCUUCUCUGCUCAGGAGAGGCCGCCAAGAUGAAUGAUACAGUGACCAUCAGAACAAGGAAGUUUAUGACAAAUAGACUGCUUCAGCGGAAGCAGAUGGUAAUCGAUGUUCUACAUCCUGGAAAGGCCACUGUCCCCAAAACCGAAAUCCGUGAAAAGUUGGCUAAAAUGUACAAGACAACACCAGAUGUCAUUUUCGUCUUUGGCUUCAGGACCCAUUUUGGUGGUGGGAAGACAACAGGCUUUGGCAUGAUCUACGACUCCCUGGACUAUGCAAAGAAAAACGAACCAAAGCACAGAUUAGCCAGGCAUGGCUUAUAUGAAAAGAAAAAGACUUCAAGGAAACAGCGUAAAGAACGCAAGAAUAGGAUGAAGAAGGUCAGGGGAACAGCUAAAGCAAAUGUUGGGGCAGGCAAGAAGAAGAAAUGAAGUGUCUAGCAGUGAGCCAGCCAAUGGACAUACAGCAGAAAACCUAAAUUGUGUUGCCAGAAAAUCUCUGAAGAUUUUAUUGAUUUACCAGUAGCUCUUCAAAUAAAUUGUAUAAAAACUAAAA